AUGGUUUCUUCUAUUACUGUUGCCUUAUUUACUUUAUCGUCCGUUCUUAUUUUAAGCAAUAUUACUCCAUCUCUUCAGCAUGAAAAGAGUUUCAAUGAACGCAGACCGUUGGAUGGAUCAGAAUUAGAUGAAGAAGCAGGAGUACCAAAAGAGUGGAAUGACGAGUGGAAUAAUUGGAAAAUAGGCUUGGAAGAUGACUACAAGAAUUUUAUUAUAUCUUUACAAAAAGGAAAAGAAUCUUGGAUGCAACAUAAAUCAAACGAAUGGAAUGAAUGGAUUAAAAUGGUGCAAAACAAAUGGAAAGAUAUUUGCGAAAAUAUUAAUAAAAUAUAUAAAUCACCUAUUUAUAAAAAAUCCUUAACAUGGAAUGAAAAUUUCUGGAAUAAAUGGAUUCAUACCGAAUGGAAACAAGAUAUGGGUAAGGAUUGGCAAAUUUGGAUUAAUGAUGUUGAAAUAAAUAUGAGAGAGUUAAUAGAUGAUAGAUGGAACCACUGGCAAAAGUACCAAAAAUUUUUAUGGUUAAUGAGAAACUGGACAGAUGAAGAAUGUGAAUGUGUGAAUAAUAUGGAAAAUAAAAAAACUUCAGAUUCAGAAAAAACAGAAGAGUUCAUAUAUAAAGGGAAUAAUAAAUUUUAUUGGAAAAAUAAAAAAUGGGAAAAUUGGGUACAAAGUAAAGAAAAUUUUAUUACAAAGAUUAAGUACCAUAAUUGGUUACAAUGGAAACAAGAAAAAUACUCCAUAUUUAAUAAAUAUCGAGAUAAUCUUAUUGAAAAAUUGGCUAAUGAAAAACAGUUGUCUGUCUUUGUCACCGAUGGAUAG